GCGCGGCGGGGCCAUGGACCGCGUGAGCAGCUCCAUGAAGCAGGUGUCCAACCCGCUGCCCAAGGUGCUGAGCCGGCGGGCGGGCGGCGGCGGCCUGGAGGCGGAGCGGGAGAGCUUCGAGCGUGCUCAGACUGUCAGCAUCAAUAAGGCUAUUAAUGCGCAGGAAGUGGCUGUCAAGGAGAAACACGCCAGAACAUGCAUCCUGGGCACGCACCACGAGAAGGGGGCGCAGACCUUCUGGUCGGUGGUGAACCGGCUGCCGCUGUCAGGCAACGCCGUGCUCUGCUGGAAGUUCUGCCACGUCUUCCACAAACUCCUCCGGGAUGGCCACUCGAACGUCCUGAAAGACUCCGUGAGAUACAAGAACGAGCUGAGCGACAUGAGCAGGAUGUGGGGCCACCUGAGCGAGGGCUACGGGCAGCUCUGCAGCAUCUACCUCAAACUGCUGAGAACCAAGAUGGAGUUUCACACCAAGCUGUCUCUCUCCCACUUGCGCAGGGAAGAGGAGUUGCAUCGCUCCAACACUUCCACUCCAGUGAAAUCGGACAAGGAGCUGCAGACGGAGAAAGCGGUGGAGACGCCGGUGCGGAAGAAGCAGAAUUCCCUGAGCCCGCCGUCCGCGUCGGGGAGCAGCGGGAAGCGCAAGCGGAAGAUCCAGUUGCUGUCGUCUCGCCGGGGGGACCAGCUGGCGCUGCCCCCGCCGCCUCAGCUGGGCUACUCCAUCACGUCGGAGGACCUGGAUGCAGAGAAGAAGGCAGCGUUGCAGUGGUUCAACAAAGUCUUGGAGGAUAAGGCUGAUGCGGUCCCCAGCACCACUGCAGAGACUACGCCCGUGUCCAGGCCGCUGGCGUUCGCCGUGACCUCCCCGGGGCCUGCGCCUGCCUCGACAGCUCCUGCCCCAGCCAGCACCAACUCGCUCCUGGACAGCCUGAAGAAGAUGCAGAGCAGCCAGACUGCGCCCACGCCAGCAGACUCCACGGGAGCUGCCAUGGCAUCCCAGCCGCCUUCAUCAGCUGCACAGCCGCCCGCUCCUGCUGUAUCGCUGGAGUCAAGUUCUCUGCCUGCCACCUCUGCUGACACCAAGCCUGUGCCCGUGUCGAGCACGCCUGCCCCUACUGCCCCCGCCGCCUUGGGGGUGCAGGCCCCCAGCAGCCUGGCACCUCCUGCGUUCACAGAGCUGGGCCAGACCCCCAGCAAGCCUCCCUCCUUCCCAAAGCCAAACAUCCUUUUCGGGAUGCCGAACACCCCUUCUGCCAGCCAGCCGGCAACGACUACAGCCGCUACUGUGCCCACCACAACCGCUGCUGUGCCCACCACAACCCCUGUCUUCAAACCCAUCUUUGGCGCUUUGCCGAAAAGCGAGAGCACAGCACCCUGUACGGCUGUCGUCUCCGCCACAGUCACCGUGUCUGCGAGCUCAGGUGCUUCCUCGACAUCCUCCACCACCACCAUGUUCAAGCCUAUCUUCGGCAGCGUCACCACAGCUUCAUCUCCAGCGAAGGCCUCUCCUUUUGCCUUCAAACCGACAUCACAGCCGGCCUCGGCCGCAGAUCUGCCAGCAGCCUCCACGACUACCCUGGCAGGAUUCACAGGUCUCCCUAAUGUCAUCUUCACCACCGCAGCUACGACUGCCACCACGCAGAGUUCCUCCACGGAUGCCACCAUUAAACCCGUCUUCAGCUUUGGACUCAACCCGCCCGCCUCCACCGGCCCCACCGCCAGCCUGACCGUCACCGCUGCCACGUCCACCAGCACAUCACAGCCCUUCCUGUUCGGGGGCCCGGCCGGCUCAGCUCCCAGCACAGAAACCAGCUUUGCCACCCCAGGGCCUGUGUUCCAGUUCGGAAAGCCACCUCCAGCCACGGUCACUGCCACCACCAGUGUCCCAGGAGGCCCUGCCUUUGGCCAAGCACCUUCAAACUCAACAGCUCCUACCACCACUGUGGGCUUUAGCAUAUUUGGGGGCACCGCACUGACCUCUUCUACCCCAGCCACCACAGGUCAAGCGACGUUGACAUUCGGCUCCUCCGUUUCAGCUUUUGGCAGUUCCUUCAGCGCAAGCGCGAAGCCACCGCCGCCGUAUCCCGGCGCGGCGAGUCAGCCCGCCUUCAGUGCCGGUGCUGCGGAGAGCCAGCCACCCGCCAGCAAGCCCGCUGCUGGCCCCGUCAGCUUCGGCCCCCCGUUCAGUUUUGGAGCCCCCACGGCCCAGUCCGCUGCUCAGCCGGCAUUCGGCAGCGGUGCUCAGCCAGCCUUUGGCACAACCAGUGCCCAGGGCUCCUUCGGCACGAGCAGCACCCAGGCAGCAUUUGGGACCACCACGUCGGUCUUCUCUUUCGGGACAGCCACCUCCACCACGGCCAGCUUCGGUUCCACCACCCAGACCACGAGCAGCAGCACUGGCACCGCCGUCUUCGGCACCACCCCUUCUCCUUUCACCUUUGGGGCGACCGCCCAGCCGGGCCCCUCUGCCAGCGCCUUCGGGAUCGGCACACCCGCCCUGAGCAGCGGCUCUCCCGCCGUGGCGUUCAGCUUCGGGGCUGGGCAGAGCGGGGCAGCCCCGGCGGCAACGCCGUUCGGCUCUUCCCUGACUCAGAGCGCGCUGGGUGCGCAGAAUCAGAGCACGCCCUUCGCCUUCACCGUGCCCAGCACGCCCAACAACAAGCCCGUGUUUGGAGGAACUCCUGCGCCCACCUUCGGGCAAAGCACGCCCGUCCCGGGAGCAGUGGGGAGCGGAAGCAGUAGUCUUUCCUUCGGGACGCCCAGCACUCCUGCCUCAGGCUUCGGAGGAGUCGGCGCUUCCUUCGGUUCGUCCACCCCCGCCUUUUCCAUCGGGGCAGGAUCCAAGACGGGCGCUCGCCAGCGGCUGCAGGCACGGAGACAGCACACCCGCAAAAAGUAACCUCCGGUGCUGCUGGGCCCCCGCUGCCGGCCUGCGCGAGGAGCCCCUGCACGCGCGUGGGGGGCUCCGGCCUAGAGCGGUCCCCGUGGUGGGAGCAGUGGUGAUGGGGCCAGGCCCCCGUCUCUGAUGCCAGCCGGAGACCGUGCUGGGUGGCCACAACCGGGGUGGGACGGGAUAAACCAAACUCUUCUUACUUGAACAGUUCCACAGCCAAGGCUGGAUGAACCUCUGUACAUAUCUGCAGCGUUUCCUCCCUCACUUUAUUUUGCCAUGUUUCAUAACGUGUAAAUUUUUCCCCAUUUGCUUCUUCUAGCUGUUCCCAUGCCCUCCUCCCCAGCCCCCCGACAGUCAGGCCCCUGCCCCGUGGCACGGCAGCCGGCAGAGCCGCACGUCCCCGCUCAGAGCCCGGCUGGAGACGUGCCGCGUUCCUGCCGGCCGCACUUCCAGGCCGCUGAGGGAUGCCGUCUUCACCAGGUCCCGAUAUCUUUCCCCAUUGUUUCAUCUCGUGGCCUGGUGAACACGCUCCCUCCGGAGGGCUCUGCUUCGUUGCCGUCCCUGCAGACCACGAGCCGGGGUUAGUGCCAGCCAGGCGUGGGCGUCUCGGUGCCCGUGGGUGACCGACCUGGCUUCUGCAGCCGGGUGAUGACCCCCUCGCUGUCAUCUCCCAUCGGACCUCCAGCCGAGGGCGCGCCGUAGCCUGGGACCUCGG